UCCUGCUGCCAAAGCAGCAGCAAAAUUUGGCAGCAAGAAGUUUUUGUUCAUAAAUCCCGAACUUCAAUGUUGACAUUAAAAACAAAGGUUGUUGAAUACCUCCAUAUCCAAACUCCAAAUCCCAGAUGGAGUUCUCAACAGCCUGUUUAAUGUGCUUCUUCCUAUUCCUGAUAACUUUGUUAGUUACAGGGAUGAAACCCGCCGGCUCGAAGAAGCUUCCAAGAGGUCCAACACCAUUACCUAUCAUCGGAAACUUGCUUCACCUCGGUGACAAACCUCAUAAGUCGCUGGCCAAGCUUGCCAAGAUUCAUGGCCCUAUUAUGAGUCUUAAGCUUGGUCGGAUAACAACCAUAGUCAUUUCUUCCGAAACUUUCGCUAAGGAAAUUCUACAAACUCAAGAUGUUCACUUAGCUGAUCGGGCUGUUGGUGAUGCUCUCUAUGCUUGUGAUCACUAUGAAGUCAGCUUGCCUUUUUUACCAGUUGGGCCGUUGUGGAGAAAACUGAGAAAAAUAUGCAAUUCUCAUAUAUUUUCCAGUCAGAGGCUUGACGCCAAUCAAAAUCUCCGGAGCAAGAAAAUUCAACAACUAAUUUCUGAUGUUCAAGAAUGUUGCUCUAGUGGUAAGGCGAUGAAUAUUGGUCAAGAAGCUUUCAAAACUAUGCUAAAUGCCUUGUCAAGUACUAUUUUUUCACUGGAUUUGACCGAUUCGAAGACGGAAGAAGUACGCGAGUUUAAGAAGGUAGUGAGAUGCAUUAUGGACGAGGUUGGAAAACCAAAUUUAUCAGAUUAUUUUCCAUUACUCAAAAUGAUUGAUCCGCAAGGUGUAAGGCGUAGGAUGACGAUCUAUUUCGGGAAAAUACUGGGUCUAAUUGACAGUCUAAUGGAUGAAAGAUUGAAGUUAAGGAGAAAUGAAGGGUAUAUCCCAGCAAAUGACAUGCUAGAUACACUUCUUGACCUGAAUGAAGAUGAUGGUUUGGAUAGAAAUUGCAUCAAACAUCUGUUCUUGAUUCUAUUUAUUGCUGGGACCGAUACAACUUCAAGCACAUUGGAAUGGGCGAUGACAGAACUACUCCGUAACCCCAUAACCUUGUCGAAAGCUCAAGCUGAAAUAGAGCAUACUAUUGGCAGAGGCAAACUGCUACAUGAAUCACAAAUUGAUCAUUUACCUUAUCUAAAAGCAGUUGUUAAAGAAACUUUCAGAUUGCACCCAGCAGUUCCCUUAUUACUCCCCCGAAAAGCGAGAUCCGACUUAGAAAUUAUGAAUGGCUUUACAAUUCCAAAAGAUGCUCAAACCCUGGUGAAUGUCUGGGCUAUUGGGAGAGAUCCAAAUCUAUGGGAAGAUUCAGAGUCAUUUCGUCCAGAGAGAUUUUUGGGGUCGGAUAUUGACAUUCGAGGUCGAAAUUUUGAGCUCAUACCAUUUGGCGCUGGACGGAGAAUUUGUCCUGGAUUACCGUUGGCUAUGAGAUCGUUGUACUUGAUGUUGGGAUCACUCAUUAAUUGCUUUGAUUGGAAACUUGAAGAUGGCGUUAAACCAGAGAAUAUGGAUAUGGAAGAUAAGUUUGGCAUCACAUUAGAGAAGGCUGAACCUUUACGAGCUAUCCCUAGUCUAAGAUUGUGAAAUAUUGAUCAAUUUUAUGCUAAUAAUCAUUA